AUGGAGGGAGCGGCGAGCAACCAGGAUCUGGACAGGGAACAUAAGGAGAUUGAGGAGAUCCUCAAUGAUCACACCACUGCCUCUGGCAUCAAAUAUUGGGGCCAUUGUGCAGAGUUUCAUAGCUUUUUGUUCAAGGAGCAUACAAUAAAAGAUGUGAGUGAGAUCUAUGAUGGUGACUUCCUGAAGAUUCAGGGUCAGUUCAUUGAGGACAAGCUCCAGGGCGCCAUCAUCCUCACCAACAACCAUUUCUCAUAUGGCCAGAUGGGAUUUAACAGCAUCAGAGUCAUCACCACCAUCUCACACCCCAGGGGUCGCUCCACAAGCCUUGAGGGCGCCACAACUCUCACUCAGGAGCAAGAGAUGCACAACAGGGAGCUAGCCUCAGCCCAUGCCUGCAUUGAGAAUGGCUUUGGCCACAUCAUCAGCAUCUUUGAUGUGCUGAGGAUGGCAUGGCAUGAGGACAAAAGCCAGCACAACAUGGCUGUCUGGACCACUGUGGGCAUUGCUAAUAAGCGUCUCCAAUAA